AUGGAUGCCAGUCGGCACUUGUUGGUCACGGGUGCGCAGCCAGUGCCAGUGACCGAUGGCAUGCCAUGUGCACCGAAAACUCAUUUGAAUCAAGAAUCACCAUCAAAAUCAUUACAAUCAAUUGAAAAUAAUCCUCCGAUAAAUGAUUUUAAUACUGUUGUUAGAAUAAAUUCACAACAAAGCAUUGGUGUCAACACUGAUCAUAAUCCAUCAAAACAUGAUUGUUCAACAAACACGCCAGAUUACGUUGAUGAUUUAAUUAAUAAUGGUUUACAUAUGACUGAGGAAGAAUUCAAAUCAUUCAAAUUAACAUCUGAGCAUGAUAGUGGUAUUGAAGUUAAUGGUGAUGAAACUCCUGCAACAAUGAAUCGAACAAAAUCAGAAUAA